AUGAAGACCCCGGUGCGACGUGUUUCGAUCACCAAAUCCACUUUUAUUCCUGAUAAUGAUUCCGGAAAAAGAUAUCCUACGCAUCUUGAAUGUAUCGUUUACAGCGAUUUGGAUUUAUCAGACGAAAUUCAUCGAAAUCCCCGCAACGGCAGAUCCAGGAAGCAAACUCCGACCACGACUCUGCCUGGGAUUAUGAAAAAUACGCAUAAGCAAUACACACAAAAGCCAAUUAUUUGCUCGGACGUAUCGCUGAAUGGAUGUCUUAACCCAAAGGUCUGUCGCGGCUAUACUUUUCCAACAUUAAAAAGUUCCUAUGUCCAUGGACGCGAGGAGGAAUCCAUCAGAAGAAGUAGCUUUUCGUUUCAAAAGUCCUCAUCUUCUUUUAACAGCUUUUCUCAAGAAGACAACGAGUAUCGGAAAAUCACUACAGGCAGAAGGUCCAGCACAAUGAUGGCUCCGGGGUCUGCGAUAAGUUAUAAUAUUGAGGCCCACCCGGAUGUAUCGUCGAGCAGGUUCGGACGUGGACUAAGCAGGAUGGUCGAUAUGUCAACUUUAUUCAUAGCUUCUGAGAGAUGUGAGGAUGCCCCUGUGGCUCAACAUCACAAGAAUUGUACCAACUUUCAAUUUUCAAAUUGUUUAGAAUGUAGUAGCUUGAUUUCUGACAGCCAUGACUUCAAUAACAACUCUUUUAUCAACGACUCUUUUGAAGAUGAUCUAAUUGCUAAAUAA